GCCAGCGUGACUCGAAAUUCCGUUCUCCAGACGGGACAGGAAGCCGGCCGGCACCAGACAGACGGACAGCGGCCGCUGAUCUGAGGUCGUUGAACGACGUGGUUAUACAUCUCCGAAACAAUGGCACCUACUCUCGGCUACUGGAACAUCAGGGCCUUGGCCCAGUUCUGCCGAAACGUGCUCGUGUACAAGGGCGUGCACUUCGAGGACAAGCAGUACAAGUUCGGGCCGGCCCCAGACUUUGACCGCUCGGACUGGCUCAAGGAGAAGUUCACGCUGGGCCUGGAGUUUCCCAACCUGCCGUACUUCAUUGACGGCGAUGUGAAGCUGACGCAAAGCCUCGCCAUUCUGCGCUACCUCGGUCGGAAGUACGACCUCGCGGCAAAGAGUGACGAAGAGGCUGUGGAGGUGGAUCUCUUGGAGCAGCAGGCGAGGGAUCUAUCCACGGGUCUCCUUAUGGCCACCGCGCCGAGCCCCAACUACCAGGAAAAUGUGAAGAAGUACGAGGAGAACGUCAUUAACUUGCUCAAGCCCUGGGCCGAGCACUUGAAGACGCGGAAGUGGGCUCUGGGAGACAGGCUCACCUACGUCGACUUCCUGCUCUACGAGGGCCUUGACUGGCACCACGAGUUCAAGGCCGACGCGUUUGGCGACUUUCCUAUGCUCCUAGAGUACCUCAAGAGAUUUGAGGACCUGCCUAACCUUAAGGAAUAUUUUGCGUCAGACAAGUACGGAAAGUAUCCGAUUGUGGGCCCCCAUCGAAAAUGGGGUUUCAAGAAGGAAUAAAACGAGCUUCGAGAGCGAAGAAGCCGUAAACCAACAAAAUUCGUUGUUAAUAAUUAAGCCGUAGUAUUUCGAUUUAAAUCGAGGUUGGGGAUCUCAUAUAUUAAAAUAUCGGCGAAUUGAGUGACACUGUAAAAGGUCCUACAACACGAUAAAUUAUAUUUUAGACGGUACGUGCGUUUGAAGUUGGCCCAGAUUUUCAGUAGUGAUGAAAUAAACUUGAGAAUAAGUACACACAUAAAUUAUUGCUUGUCAAAAUGAAAUAAAUAUCGCUAAUAAACUUGAGAAUAAGUACAGAUAUAAAUAACUGCUUUGGAGAAUGAAAUAAAUAUCGCAAGUAAAAACAUGA